AUGCUCCUCGUAUGGUGUUUCAACACUUUGUUGAUUCUCAUCCUAGGCUGUCGGCAAAAUACAUUAGCCAGUGAUGGUGAUUCCACUGGCGUGCAGCUGGCGUAUCGCCAAACCCAGCCAGUCGCUGCACCCAAAUUACAGGAUAUCUAUGCUCGACGCAAACUUUUGCUGUAUUUAAUCUUCACAGCCUGCGGCGAGGGCAAAAUCCCCUUCGUGAGCGCCACGGACAUCGCAGCCGUAGCCUACCGGGCCGUCACAGACAUCGAAUCCCACGACUGCGACCACCGGGUCCUGGGCCCCGAGCUUCUAACCUAUGACGAGAUCGCACAGAAGCUUAGCGCGGCACUCGGCCGGGAAAUCCAGCACGUCAGUCUUUCCGGGGAGGAUCGGUACCAAGGCCUCGUGAGUGCCGGGGUGUCGGAAUAUUAUGCGCGAUUUCUGACCAACCUUGAAACGGCCGCCGCGACUGGAUUUGAGACUCAUCUCAAUGAUGAGGUGGAGAAAGUGACGGGUCGGCCUCCAAAGAGCUUUGAUGUUUUUGCGCAGGAGAAUCGGGCUGCAUGGAUUUGA